AUGUUAUUAUACAUUUGGUUGAUAUUACCUUCAUUAAUAUAUUGCCUACCGCCGGACCCAUUUCUGGAUUCAGAAUUUUUAAAGGAUCCAGGUGUGUCUCGACAGUUGAACAAAUUACCUCCCCUAUUGUCGCCGGACCAACUUACAGAUGAAACGAGAAGUCUUUCAAAACAUUUAGAAAAGGUCCCACAAUAUAUAAUAGAUAACUGUCCGAUGGUACAUCUUUAUAGCGAAGAAAGAUACUGGCCUUCGGAUAUUACAGAUUUUAUCAAAUAUUUUCAUUUGGCGGAUAAAGAUGACAACAUAUUUGAAUUUGAAGAUGGUCGUACGAAUUUAACCACAUUACAAGAUCUUCAACAGACGUAUGAUAUAGGAGAUAAUAGUAAAGGUUCACGAACCAUUGAUAGUGCUGAUCUCUAUAUGACUACUAAUGAGGAUUUCUCAAGAAACCCAGAUUGGUUAAUAGGUCAUCGUCCUGAAUAUGGUACAGGUUUAGUAAAAAAGGGGCCAGCAGUUCUCCUAGUAUCUGAUAAAGGUAAUGGUUGGGUAGAUGCUUUUUGGUUCUAUUUCUAUCCUUUUAACUGGGGACCAUAUAUUAUGGGUUAUGGACCAUGGGGUAAUCAUAUAGGUGAUUGGGAACAUUCGUUAGUACGUUUCCAUAUGGGUGAACCGAAAUUUCUCUGGAUGAGUGCACAUUCUGGAGGUACAGCUUAUCAAUUUGAUGCUAUUGAAAAAGUGAAGAAAUUAAAAAGAGUUGAUGGUAAGAUUCAAAAUGAGAUCAUAAAUCGUCCUUUAAUAUUUAGUGCAAGAGGGACACAUGCUAAUUAUGCAUCCGUUGGGCAAUAUUCUCACGAUGUUCCAUUUUUCUUCAUGCCUUUAAGUGAUUUUACAGAUAGAGGACCAAUGUGGGAUCCCGUAAUGAAUUUCUACGCAUAUCAAAUAAUUGGAGACGCUGUCAGACCGAUGAGUGAACGGGAAGAAAAGUUGGGAACAAGUUGGUUAUCCUUUGCUGGUACAUGGGGUGAUAAGCAAUUACCAAGUAACGAUCCUCGUCAAAAAUGGUGUCCUGUUCAAUGGCGGUAUAUCGAUGGUCCACUAGGUCCAUUAUUUAAGAAUUUAGAGAGAACGUCGCUUUGUGAAAGUUUCAAAGCGUGGAAUGUGUGGCAUGGAUGUCCACCUAGAAGAUGGAUCAAGAAAGGGGAAGGUCUGGAUGCAGAAAAGAAUGAUCUUGUAGGCGAUAACUGUGGGGUAUUACUAUAUAAUAUACGACCUAAGUGGUUACGUGGGGUAAUGCGGUUCCUGAUGUGGAGAGGAACGGUUUGCUUCUUUAUGGACUAUUUUACAGGUUGA